GUCUUUGCGCCAAAGGAAUUCUAUCUUGCUGACAGGCAUUCUCUCUACGGGUCAAGAUGGCACCCUGGGAUGAUUUCGACACAAUCUUCUACUUCAACAAAAACUUCACUUAUGAUGGCAAAGUCAUUGAGCAGAUCGUCGCCAACCGCCGUGCGCUAGAGAACCAACUGUUUGCCGACAGACUUCUGGGAUUGCUUGGUGUUAAAGCAGCUAUCGAAUAUCUGACCGAGCCUUCUAUCAUUCCCACCUUCCCGGAUGAAAUUCUCUACGUUCUUACCCUUCCUCGGCUUCCGAAACACGAUGACAGUCUCGUAAUGGCAUACUACCUCACUGUUGCCCCACCCUUGGCCUCGGAGAAGGUCCAGCGCGCAUUCUUCGUGACCCUUUGUCGCGCAAGCGUUACGGAAGCCUUCUACUUUACCCGGAAGCAUGACGAAGGUCUGCGUCAAAGCUACCUCGCACAGCUCAUUGAGUUUGUCCACACGACGGAAGCUGGCCAGCUGCGGAGUACUCGGGCGAUGGAACUGAUCGGACUUCCAUUUGACGAUCAAGAAGAGGAAUGGUUUGAGCAUGCUCUAUUGCACGGGAGCGCAAAGGGCCUCCAUGGCUCCAAGGACACAGUCAUGAUGCGCCGUCUUGCCAGUGGCAAGCUCAGUGGACUCUCUACGGGCCUCGAGUCCCUCGGCGGAACGAAAAUUGAUGGGCUGAACUGGGAUGUCCUGAAACAGAGCAUGACGCACACUCAUUGCGUCUCUUCCCUGCUGACACCCCACAGCUAUGGAAUAACCUCAGAGGAUAUAAAGUCCGACCUUACUGCCGGCACAGGGCGGCCAGAAUGGGUCUUCUCCUGCUAUGGCCCUGGAAGAAAUGCCCCGAGGCAAUUAUUUGGCGGCGUUCAACGGGAGCAAAGUUUCGAAGAGCUACGGCUGCGUCAUUAUGAGGCGGCCGCAGCAGGCAACGCGAACCAGGCAGUGCAAGAAGCCCAGGCUCUGUAUGCAGAGGCUGUGAAACAAAUGGAUGUCAUCUUGAAUGAUCUUAACGGCGCCGUGAAAUACGUCCUCGACGGAAUCAAUGAACAUCCCAACCGAAUCGAUAUCGCAGAGGGCAAAACCGGCCCGGCUCCUGCCCAAGGGCAGUCUGCUUUCGGUCAGCCUUCGCAACCUUCGCAGACUUCGCCAUUUGGACAGCCUGCUGCUACCGGUUCAGCACCGGCUUUCGGCCAGCCCUCAGGAUUAGCAAGUCAACCCUUCGGCAAGCCCUCUGCAUUCGGUCAACCGUCAGCGUUCGGACAGCCCUCUGGCCUGGGGCAAGCAUCUGGGUUUGGACAACCGAGUGCUUUGGGUCAAGGGUCUGCAUUUGGAAAGCCAUCAGGCUUGGGUGGUGCUCAACCCGCAUUUGGUAAACCGGCAUUUGGCCAGCCUGCCUCCGGUCAGUCCUCCUUCGGCCAGCCAUCGUCACUUGGAACCUCAGCAUUCGGGCAGUCCGGUACAGCCUCCCCUUUCAGUCAGAUUUCAGCUCCGAGCCAGCAACCGAGUGGCUUCGGUCAGUCUUCUGGAACAACUACAGCUUCACCGUUCGGACAGAUUGCAAACCCAUCAUCCGCUGCGGCUUCAGGGUUCGGUCAGCCAUCGACGACACAACCGGCUGGCUUUGGUCAACCUUCACAAACGGCUUCCCCUUUUGGCCAAUCUCAGCCAUCUUCAAACCCCUUUGGCCAGCCAGCCACGGCCCCGAGCCCUUUUGGGGCCGCAAGCCAGCCAGCUGCUCCUUCAGCAUUUGGACAGCCUCCUAGUGCAUUCUCACAGCCGGCCCAAUCGGCGCCUGCUCCUGCCUCCACCCCGACUUCUAACGCAGGAACAGGGCCUCCCCCAGUCAUCAACGUUGACAACUCCAAUGAUCUCCAGCCCAUCCCACCUCUCACUGGUCAGACCGUUCGAGACCCCAUCACAAAGAAACUGUCCGCCUGGAAGGGACAGCACGUCAAAUACAUCAAUAACGAGCCCUGUUAUCUACACCCUCAGGACCGCCAGACCUACGUUCGCAUCUUCUUCCCAAAUGGUCCUCCCGAUGCGGCGAGCUUGCGGGAUGUCCAGGGGAAGCCGGAUGAAUAUACGCCCGAGGUGACUGCGCAGUACGAGUUCUUUGUGAAGAAUGGGUACUUCGAAAACGGCGUGAUUCCGAGCGUACCCCCGAAGACUGAAUGGGUGAGCUUCGACUUUUGA